AUGUUUUCGAUUUCUCCUGUAGGUGCAGGUAGCUGUCUGGAGACUCUAGAAGCAGGAAAACCACUAAUAGUAGUAAUAAACGAAAAGCUGAUGAACAACCAUCAGCUUGAACUGGCAAAACAGCUCCACAGAGAUGGGCAUGUCUACUACUGUAACUGCAGCACUCUCUUGGAAACACUGCAGUCAAUGGACUUGUCAACUUUGAAACCUUUUCCUCCUGGAAAACCAGAGAAGUUCGCUUUGUUCUUGGAUGAAGUUGUUGGGCUUCAAUAA